AUGCAGAAAGCUUUGAAGAAGUAUUUUGUAAACAUGGACGAGUAUCUAGCCAGCAUCGGUCUCUACCGGAAAAUGAUGGCACGAGACGCGUCCUGUCUAUUUCGAGCUGUCUCUGAGCAGCUUUAUUACUCACAGUAUUUCCAACAAAAGAUAAGGAAAGAUUGUGUCACCUUCAUGAGGGCAAACCGAUGCGAUUUUGAACCUUUUGUUGAAGGGUCAUUUGAGAAGUAUCUGGAACGUCUGGAGGACCCCACGGAAACCGCUGGACAAGUUGAGAUAAAGGCAUUGUCGUUGUUGUACAGGCGGUGCUUCCUCAUAUACAGGUACCCUGGGAAGCCACCAACUGAGAUAACUGAGAAAGAGUACGUGGAGAAGAUUCUGCUGUGUUGCUCCAACAAUGGCCACUACGACAUUGUGUACCCCAGGAACUACCCGAUCGACGCAGCGCUGUGUCAGGCUCUGUUGUAUGAACUGCUGUACAUGCAAGUUCUUGGUGUUGAGGAGGUGGAGUUGCAGGGAGCUUUGGAGGGGUUCCGUGGAGGAGGUCGUCGCUAUAGGAACAGCCUAUCGGUGUGCAGUGAGGAUGCAAGCUAUGACACCCCUGAGGACAGGGGUCAGACUCAGAGGGACGAUUGGGAGCUCAAUGGGUACAAUCGCACAGAGGACAAAGCCAGACCUGGAGCAGAGGAAGCAAAGACUCCAGAUGGACCAACAAAACUCUCUCUCCCGUACAAGGUCCUCAAAGCACUGGAUUCUGAGAUGUACAGAAAUGUAGAGUUUGAUGUAUGGCAUGACAGUCGCAAAGAAAUGCAGAAGACUGAUUACAUGGUGUUUGCUGGAAGACAGUACUUCUUGGGAGACAAGUGUCAGGUUCGUCUCGACCCCAAAGGGAAGUAUUACAAUGCCUUCAUUCAGGAGGUGGGCACUCACCCCAGCGCUGUGACAGUGUUCAUCGAAGAGCUUGGAGAAAAACAUCUUGUGUCUAUGACUAACUUGAAGCCUGUGAACCCUGUCCCUGCCUGGAACAUCACCCCAAGCCGCAAGGGACCGUCAUACAGCAGGCCUGAGCAGUAUCCUGGAGAGAUGGACUCCGAGGUGAGAGGCCGGCGGCGUUUCUUUAAGAAGCCCAGAGGCAUGUAUGCCCCCACACCACCACCAGGGACCCUGCCCUAUGAACAUUAUCACCCACAUCCUCCACCCAGGCCCCCGCGAGGAUAUGGCCCACCCAGUUCAGCCCGUUUCUUGAACAGGCAUCACCUUAUUGGGCCAGAGGCGGCAUACUACCCUCACCCAGGAAAACGCUGCUACCAGAGCUUCGACAACUACUCAUUCAGGUCACGUCGAAGCAGGCGCCAGAUGCAUGCUGUCAACAAAGAGUGCCAGUUCAGCUAUGUCCCAGAGGCUGGCGAGGAGGAACAGGACAUGGAAGGAACAAUCACCUUCUACGAGAUUGAGGGAGAUGAGACCCCUUUCCCUCCCUUGCCGGGUCAGGCGGUAGCAAACCCCAUGGUUCCAGCACCCCCUACCUACUGGAUGCAGCGGGGGCUGAGCCCCAUCCCCACGUCUGGCAAACAGGCCAUGACCUCAUCAGAGGAGGACGCUGACGAGAGGAGCAAUGGUGGCGACCAAGGUGAAUAUUCAGAGGAAUACAUCUAUACUGCUCAAGACCCAGGGUUCCAGAGCCCGUCUAUGUAUGCUGCGGCAGAGUCCACUGCCAACCUGACCAUUGAAGAGGGAGGAUCUCGUGCCAGCUCACCACAAGAGGGCGUAGCGACCUACAGCUACUCACAGCAGGUGGUGGUGAAGUCCGCAGUUAUCACCUCUUCACAGGCUGUAAGCACAGCCCCAGCAGCUAUCUUCACCUCCAACUCCUCUUCUGCUAGCAGCUCUCAGAUCCCCCCAGCACCAAUGGCUCCACCCUCAAUUUUAUCCAUGCAGUUUCCUCCUUCCUCUCCCUGGUUUGUGAAUGAGAUGGGGGAAGCAGUCAGCGCCUCACCCCCUCCACCAUACUCCUAUGACCCCAACGGCAAUGACCUUCCACGAGAUUGCAAGGUCAUCCAAUAUUACUUUAAUUUAGGAGUCCAAUGGUACCAGCAGAGCUUCUGGCACUCCGUGGUGCAGAUGCAGCAGGUGUAUCAGCAGCCUGCUGCCUCCCCUCCCUCUGAUCACACAGUCCCCCAGUCCUACCCAGAGCCUGGGAGAACUGGGCCUGAUGGCCAGGGAGACAUUCCUGCAAACGGCACACCCUUGGUCAUGGACCCUCCCUCAGCAGGAGCCCCAGGCAUAGUGUUCUACCCCUUGGUUCAGGACCAGUGCAGCCAACCCCCCCUCCACACCUACGAGCCUUAUGUUCCAAUGCUUUCUGCCACCUACCACUACCUUACACCCUGGAACUCAGGCCCUGCCCAACCCCGUGUGCUCGCAUCCUACUGCCCCUCCUCCAAUCACCCAGUCAACUAUGUCAGUGCACCCACACACCCAGGGCACUUUAUCCCUCCCAGCAUGUAA